AUGACGACUGGUGUGCGUGAGAUGUUUGACGGCAAGACGACGAUCACGAUCAUCAUUGGUAGCUGCUUACUGCUUACUGCACUCAUGCUGACAGGUGUUGUCACCAGUCUUUACUUCAAAGUGAUCAGAGCAAGGAAAGCUGCAAAGACCUGUGCUGCUGGGCCCUUGAAGAAGAAUAAUUCAGCUGUUGACAGCCAGGCCAAGUCUGUCACCGCUGCGUCUUCUGCCACCCUCCAGCUGUGUGAGGAGUGCAGCAUGUAUGCGGCGUAUGACCCCCUCCCACCUUGCUUCUGUGACACAAACGAGGGGCUCUGACUUGGGCACGUUCUUAGUAGAAUGUUUUAUUAUUCAAGUUCUGUAGCGUUAACAUUUACCAUUAUAUACUAAGAAACAUUAUACUUAAGUACUUUUGUAUAAAUAUGCAACACUGAAAACAA